AUGACCGAAUCUAAAGAAAAAAAUAAUAAAAAUCCAGAAGAAGAGCCUUUAAACGAAAAUAAACUACAUAAAAGAGAAUUUGAAAGCAAAAGCUUCUUUGAAAAAUUAUGUUUUAUAAAAUCAAACAUUUCCGUCGAGCCGAUCAUGGCUGGCCUCAUCAUUCCAUCGAUGUUAGCGAGACUUGCAAUCCAAAACUUAAAUUUAGAUAAGACGUGCCGUGUAAAAUUAAAUUUUGGUGAUGAAAUUUGUGAUUCCUUAAUUCUACGAAAGGGUAACCUAACUAAUUACGAAGGAGAAGUACAGAAAAUCAUUUCAUCUAUAGAAGCAUGGAAAAGCAUUAUACAAACUGCAAUACCGACUUUAUUAGUCAUAUUUAUGGGUGCAUGGAGUGAUAGAACUGGUAAUCGAAAAUUGUGUAUACUAUUACCAAUUUUCGGCGAAUUUCUUGUAUGUGUUAGUAAUAUCAUGAGCACGGUGUUUUUUUAUGAAGUGUCAGUCGAAGUCACCAUGUUUCUUGAGGCUUUCUUUCCAGCAAUAACAGGUGGUUGGGUUAUGGUAUAUUUAGGAGUGUUUAGUUAUAUAAGUGAUAUUACAAGUGAAGAAUCUAGGACUUUCAGGGUUGGUCUUGUCAAUUUGUGCAUGACUGCUGGUAUUCCCAUUGGUACAGCACUUAGUGGAAUUCUUUUAAAGUUAUUAGGUUACUACGGGAUAUUUGCGAUUUCUGGUUCAAUAUAUUUGUUGACACUCUGCUAUGGGUUCUUUUAUUUAAAAACGAAAACUAAGCCCGGUGUAGGCGAAAAUGAAAAGGUCAAAGCAGUAACAAUAUCAGACCUUUCUUCAUUAAUCAAAGAAACCGUUAUGGUAGCUUUCAAGAACCGAAAAGGAAAUAUUAGAAAAAAAAUUGUGUUAACACUUUUGACUGUCGCCAUUGUUUAUGGGCCAAAUCAUGGUGAAAGAAUAACAACAUACAUGUAUGUAAGAUACCGAUUGAAAUGGGAUGCAGUAAAAUACAGCAUUUAUUCCACUUACAGUAUCAUCACACAUUCAUUAGGUGCCUUAUUCUCGAUCAGUGUGUUUAGCAAGCGAUGGGGCUUCCAUGACUCAAUGUUAUGUCUUAUUUCUAUAGUCAGCAAGUUGGCUGGUUCUGUGCUAAUUGCUUUUGUCAGAACCGAUUUUGAAAUGUUCAUGGUACCGAUCGUAGAGAUACUAAAUGCUACAACAUUUACAUCGCUGAGGUCGAUGGCUUCUAAAUUAGUUUUAAGUGAGGAGAUGGGAAAAAUGAAUUCUCUAUUCAGUUUGGUGGAAACACUUGCAGCCUUGAUGUUUGACCCAACCUAUUCGGCUUUGUACUCCAAAACUGUAGAAAAUUUCACAGGAGCAGUAUAUAUAUUUAGCGCGGUUAUGACCCUUCCCGCAAUAACCAUGUUGAUAUGGCUAUUUGCGCAACAUCGCCGAGAAAGAAAAUAA